AUGACCUACAACAGUAGUGUGACUUACAACAGUAGUGUGACCUACAACGACAGUAGUGUGCCUACAACAACAGUUUUUGGGCCUACAACAUUUUGUGACACAACAAGUAGUGUGACCUACAACAGUAGUGAGACCUACAACAACAGUAGUGUGACCUACAACAAUAGUGUGACUUACAAUAACAGUUUUGUGACUUACAACAGUAUUGUGACCUACAACAGUAGUGUGACCUACAGCAGUAGUGUGACCUACAACAACAGUAGUGUGACCUACAACAGUAGUGUGACCUACAACAACAGUAACACGACAGUAGUUAGUGUGACCUAUAACAGUAGUGUGACCUAUAACAGUAGUGUGACCAACAACAAUAGUGUGACUUACAACAGUAGUGUGACCUAUAACAGUAGUGUGACCUACAACAGUAGUGUGACUUACAACAGUAGUGUGACUUACAACAGUAGUGUGACCUGCAACAGUAGUGUGCUCUACAACAGUAGUGUGACUUACAACAAAAGUAAUGUGUUCUACAACAACAGUAGUGUGACCUACAACAGUAGUGUGACCAACAACAGUAGUGUGACUUACAACAGUAGUGUGACUUAUAACAGUAGUGUGAACUACAACAGUAGUGUGACUUACGACAGUAGUGUGACCUAUAACAGUAGUGUGAACUACAACAGUAGUGUGACUUACGAAAGUAGUGUGACCUACAACAGUAGUGUGACCAACAACAGUAGUGUGACUUACAACAGUAGUGUGACCUAUAACAGUAGUAAAAAGACUCUACAAAUAGUGACCAACAACAGUAGUGUGACCUACAACAGUAGUACGACUUACAACAACAGUCGUGUAACCUACAACAACAGUACUUGGACCUACAACAACAGUAGUGUGACCUACAACAGUAGUGUGACCUACAACAGAAGUGCGACUUACAACAACAGUAGUGUGUCCUACAGCAACAGUAGUGUGACCUACAGCAACAGUAGUGUGACCUACAACAGUAGUGUGACCUACAACAGAAGUGCGACUUACAACAACAGUAGUGUGUCCUACAACAACAGUAAUGUGACCUACAACAAAAGUAGUGUGACCUACAACAGAAGUGUGACUUACAACAACAGUAAUGUGACCUACAGCAACAGUAGUGUGACCUACAACAGUAAUGUGACCUACAACAAAAGUAGUGUGACCUACAACAGAAUUGCGACUUACAACAGUAGUGUGUCCUACAACAACAGUAGUGUGACCUACAGCGAUAAUAGUGUGACUUACAACAACAGUAGUGUGUCCUACAACUACAAUAGUGUGACUUACAACAACAGUAGUGUGACCUACACAAUACUAGACGUGCGGAAACUACAAUCACAUCGGUCACUGCCACACCCAGAACCUCAACCUCCAUCGGUCACUGCCAUAUCCGGAACCUCAACUACUAACAGUCACUGCCAAUGUGGAAGUAGAGCCUCGCGUCGGUCACUGCUAAAGCCGGAACUACAGCUCCUUCUCAACACUGCCAAGGCGGAACUCAAGUUCCUGUAA